AUGCCUUCCCAGUUAACUCAGGAAGAACGAUCCGAGCUCGCAGACUCAAUCGCCGAGUUCCACACAUACCAACUCGGUCCCGGAAGCUGCUCAUCUCUCCACGCGCAGAGAAUCCACGCGCCACCGGAAAUCGUCUGGUCAAUCGUCCGUCGAUUCGAUAAACCACAAACAUACAAACACUUCAUCAAAUCAUGCUCAGUAUCCAAAGAUUUCGAGAUGCGCGUGGGAUGCACGCGCGACGUAAUCGUCAUAAGCGGUUUACCGGCGAACACGUCGACGGAGAGACUCGAUAUAAUCGACGACGAAAGGCGCGUGACUGGAUUCAGCAUAAUCGGAGGUGAACAUCGGCUUACGAAUUACAAAUCGGUUACGACGGUUCAUAGAUUCGAGAAAGAGAAACGGAUCUGGACGGUGGUUUUGGAAUCGUACGUCGUUGAUAUGCCGGAAGGUAAUUCAGAGGAUGAUACACGUAUGUUUGCAGAUACGGUGGUGAAAUUGAAUUUGCAGAAACUCGCCACCGUAACUGAAGCUAUGGCUCGUAACUCCGGUGAAGGAAGCGGUGGUUCUCAGGUGAACUGA